GCUUUCCAGAGUCGGCUUUCUGAGCAGGUGCUGGACGCGGGGGUUCUGUCUCCUGUUUCGGCUGGCCCCACGUGCGAGGCCCAGGAGCUGGGAGAAGAGGAAAAAGACCAAAGCAAAGCCAGUAUAGAGGAAGAGCAAAGCAAAAGAACAAAAGCUGCCGAGAGCGAGGGGGAUCAAAGCGCUCGUGAAACGCCAGGCGAGAAGCGUUUUGCUUUAGAGAAUCCCAAGCCGGAGGAGGCCGUGGCCCAGGAGCUGGAGGAGGGAUCGCCGGAUAGCCUAAUCGAUCCGGAGGAGCUCGCUGCCCCGCAGAAAGCGCGACCGGAGAAGGAAAUGGAACACGAGCGGUCCUUGAACCAGCCUAGCGAAGAAUCCCUGGAGGGAAUGGCCGAGGAGCUGGAGACAGAGCUUGAGCGAGAGAAAAUCCAUUUAUUGCAAGCGAAGGAGGAGAAAAUUCAGCAAUUCCAGGAAGAGAUGAGGCAGCAGGAGGAGGAAGAAGCUGAGAAGCUCCAUCAGCAAAAAGAAAAAUCCCUCAGGACUCUGAAAGAAGAUUUGGCAAAGGUUUCUGAGGAGGAAGAGUUGCGUGUCAGAAAGGAAGAAACGGAGAGGCUCUCAAAGCUGCGAGCCAAGAUCACCUCGGAGACCAAGGCAGAGGAGGAGAAGAUAAGGGCAGAGCAAGAGGUCACACUGCAGAAACUAAGAGAAGAGUGGGAAUCCCAGCAGGCAAUGGAGAAGGAGAGCCUGGAGAGGAAGCAGCAGCUUGUUUUGGAGAAAAUGAAGCUGGAAAUGGAGGAAGCUCGUCAGAAAGAGAGGACUGAGCUGGAACAAGAGAAGGAACAAUUCCUGAGUGAGCUCAAGGACAGAUUAGAUAGGGAGAAGAAGGAGGCAGCGGAAGAGCUAGAGAAACAGUUUGCAGCUGAACUCCAGCAGCUGAAAUCUGCAGCAGAAGAGAAGCAUCAUAAGGUCCUUUCCAGCCUGCGCACCCAGAUAGCGGAGUCGCAGAGGAGCGAGGAGGCUCGCCUGCGUGACGACUUGCAGAGAGCGGAGCUGAAAGUGCAGCAAAAAGCUCAUCAAGUAACGGAAUACGAGCGCGAGCUCAGCGAGCUUAUGAGAGAGAAACGCCAGGAAGUGGAAAAAGACCACGAGAGGAAAAUGGAGAGGAUGAAAGCGGAGCACCAGGAGGUCCUAGCACGGAUUCAGGAUCAGUACGAGGAGGAGGAGAGAAAGCAAAGAGCAGAGCUGUUUGAAGGCCUGCGAAGCGAGAUGGUGCGCCUCCGACAGCUCCACGAAGCGGAGGUGAAAGCUCUGCAGGCGGAGCUGGACGAGCGGCUUACCGCGCUGCGGCACAGGCACAGGGAGAAGGAAAGAAAACUUCAGGAUUCUGAGAACGAGCUUGACACGCGCACAAAGAACGUCAAAGCCAGAUCGGUGCAGCUCCUUAGCCAGGAGGAGUCCCUGAGAAAGAAAAGGCAGCAGCUGCUGGAUGAAGGCAGACGGGCUGAGCUAGAGAGAGACGAAGCUGCUUUAGCUUCUCAAGUCCGCCUGGAGGAGAACAGGAGGGAGCACGCCAGCCUCCUUGAGUCCACCCGGCAGCUGCGUAGGUCUCUUGAAGAGCUCCAGGACCAGAAAGCUGAGCUGGAGGCCCAGGUGGACUUGCUGCAGAGCCGAAGCCAGAGGCUGCAGAAACGCAUCAGUGAGCUUGAGGCAGCUGUCAGGAGCAAACAGGAGGCUUUGAAAGAACUGGAGGCAGAAGAAAGCGUGGAAUCUCCAGGAAGGAAAGCUGAGCUCCAUGUUGAAGACCUGAGAGAAACUUUUCAAGCCCACUCGCCGAGAGAGCCUGCUUCCCCCCCCUCUCAAAGCCACGAGGACAGCGACUUCCAGUUUGAUCGCGUCAGGAGCUACAUCUCUGCGGAAGGGAUCUCCAUCAGGAACGCCAAGGAGUUCCUGGUGCGCCAGACCCGCUCCAUGAGGAAGAGGCACACGGCUCUGAAAGCUGCGAAGCAGCAGUGGCACCAAGAUAUGCGGAAAGCACAGGAGGUGGUGCAGGAUCCCGACAGCUCCCAGCUCCUGGAGGGCGUGCGCAAGAACCUGGAAGAGGAAGCAAAGCAGUUGGACAAGAUGAAGUCGGCUAUGCGGAAAAGCCAGGUGCUGCUGAGGAAGAAAGAAGAGAAACUAAGUCAGCUGGAGUCCUCGCUGCUGGAAGAGCUUUCAGAUGAAGAUACGCUGAAGAGUGCUGCAUGCAAGAAGAUGGUGACUUUUGAUCUCAGCAACUCGGAGGACACAAACAGCACAUCCAGUGUAAACCUACAUCAGCCUAAAUUUGAUUUGCGAACCGAUGUACGGGCUGCUCCGCAGCUGGACAAGAUCCAGUACUUGACAGACUCUCUGCAGCGUAUCACUAGCGAGCUGAACGGGGUCCUCGGUGUCUUGGGCUCUCUGAACAACCGCCAGUCUCCGCUCUUCGCCUCGACGCCCUGUGACGGCGUCCCGCUUUCUGCGUACGCCUCCUUGGCAGGACUUCGGGCGGGUGGCUCCCUGGUGGACCCCGCCGGGGCGUCUCUGGUGGACCCGUGGGCCUGGAGCACUGGGCUGAGCUCGGGGCGCUCUUUCACAGCUGGAGAGUCAGUGGACAGCAUGCUGGCGGAGAAGUGGCACAAGUAUUUCCCGGGUGGGUUCCCAUUGCUCAGUGGAAGUUCCAAGCCUCUGGACAACAAGCUGGGAUACGUACCUGCAGACGAGCAAAUACGGCUGUUCCAGCACUCCCAGGUCCAGAGCCGCGGGUCAGGCAAGAUGAGUAUUGAAGGAAUGAUUGAGACCAACAAGAAGUGGCUAGAGGACUUCAAGAGGGAUUCACAAGUGUAUCCUUUGCCUGGGUCUGCUCUUCACUCGCACUCCAGCUUCCCGCAGCAG